UAUCCGAAACUGCCGUAAAUCGUUUCGACGUACUUUAGACAGGAAGUGACGUCAUUUCGCACAUGCGCGGAACCGAUCGUGUUGCUGUACGGAUCCAUAGAUAUCUAUACACUAGAUGUCGCAUUGGGGUCCUAAAAAUGCGUCAAAACCGCCGCCAUCUUUGUACGGUGCUCCUUUACCUCAAAUGCAUGGACGAUGCCGGACUUCUGUGCUGCAUUUUGUUGUUCAAACGAAAGAAAUCUAAAAACCAGACAGUAAGGGAUUACAUUACACAAGUCACCAUGCACAAAAAAUCUGUGUUUUUCCCAGGGUGCAUUAAGGUCGUGUUCCGUAAGGGACCACUCGGAUAUCUCCUUCAGGAGCCGACUGAGGAGGCCAGGGUGAUCUCAGAUAACCCAGCUCUUCAGGACAAGUCGGCACCAAAGAAUGAGGAGCUCGUCAGGCAAAGCGCUCUUGCUGUGGUCCGUCAAAGAGGAGUCGAUGCCUCUGACGAAACAGAAGUUCUUGGUGAAUACAUCCUGCAGUUUGGAAAGUACAAGGGGAAAUCUUUCCGGUGGCUUCUUGAAAAUGACAUGGGUUACACCAUCUACCUAAUAAAGAACCUUCAGCAGGAAGAGGCCAUGGGGGUCUUUACGGCAGAAGGACCCAGCAAGAGCAGUUUGUUAUCCUUUUCUAAUUAUGCCCGCAGUUUUAAUGAAAUUCAGUCCCUGCUCAGUUAUGUGUCCAAAAAUCCGGGUGCACCAGCAGCCUCGUCGGAGGGUGACCAGCUGGUUGGUUUUGGUGCUCAUGCGAAGAGUACGUGGCAGGAGAUUUGGAACAACAGGGCUGAUGGUUAUGCAUCCUUUAUAUUGGGGGCAACCUGUGUCCCGGGGACACGGAUGUACAAGCGGCAGCAAUACCUGCGUAAUCAGGUGCAGUCGGCCCGUCCGCCCGUGGUUGCCUCAAGUGCAGUGUCUAAGCCAAUGGAAAUGGAUGAUGACGACAAGUUAGAGAGUGCGAUGCUAAACAUCUCCCCCUCCAAGCUACAGUUGCAGUCUUCACGACCACUGUCAUCAACAUCAUCAUCAUCCUCAGCUGCUGAACUGAGACGUACUAAUCUUUUGUAUCUUUUCCUUCUUUCGGCACCAGCCUUGACAGCUCAGAAAACGCACUUGGUCCUUCCCAAAGAGCUGAUGUUUCUUGUCCCGGAACAAUCAGCUUCCACACAAUCUACGAGACCGGUUUCAACUGCAGCAGACAUCAGCGCCACAGACAGCUCUCCAGUCUGCAGGACACCUAUAAUUGAGGAAUGUGGCAAAGAUGAAAAUCUCUCAUCUUCAGAUAACACUUCAUAUAGUGUUCUUUGUACAGCUGAGGCAUCACAUGACUCAUUAACCUCUGCCCUUGGCUCUUCAGUGUGCAGCCCUCCUCCUCCUCUACAACAGACACCUACAACCGUUUCUAGAGGCCCUCCUCCACAACCUCUUGACUACGAUUAUGAUGUCCGUGAGUGGAAGUGUUCGCAUCAGCAGAAGAUCUGGAUGAAGACAGAGCUGGAAUCCAUGGGUCUAUGGCCAGGCUCACCCCCUUUGAGCAACCCCAUGAAGACAGUGUCUCUGUGGCGUUUGCCUCCUUAG